CCUCCAUCAGCACCCUACGGGCAACGAUUCACAUUCUUCUUCUGUUGUUAUUCUAAAACAAUAGGGUGUCUUGGUUACAAGGUAAUUACCGCAGUCAGUGCAAACUCCCUUCAAAAGUGAAUCUCUCUACAAGAGAGACAAGAUUGAUUUAUUUUGUAAUGCUGACUCCCUACUAUACUUCUUUAUUAAAAAAAAGAAAAGAAAAAGAAAUACGCUAAUACGGAACACAUCAAAGAGUGGAACACAUCUUUUAAAAGGGAGUUUCCAUGCCAUUUCAGCGUUGGAAGCAGGGAAGAAAGUGCAGAGAGUACAAUUAAAAGCUUGAUCAUAACUCUCAUUCUGUAAGUAGCUGUUUCCAGGAGGCAGGACCGUGUACCUGCCCCUCACAGUAGCAGCAGGAGCACUCUGCAGCAGCAGCAUUUGCUCAGCUGUGCAUCCCAGGGGUUUGCAUGCUGCCAUUAUCUGUGGAAUAAUUCCCGGGGCAUUCAGGCUGGUUAAGGAGAGACCACAACACAGAAACAUUACAAAAGGAAGGGCCCAGCAGAUAAGUGACAGCAGAGGUAAAGGCGUUUCAGACUUCUGUUUCUGUUGCUUGGCGCCUGCAAUUUGGAAAACAACAUUCCUUUUUGGGAACUACAAGUCCCAAAGUGCACUGUGGGAAGAACGUGCCUCGUACCAGCCAGUGCCCAGCACAAAUUCCCAAAUAUGGAUAAGGAAUCAAUUUCGAAAAAGACUCACACUGGCUGGAUACUCCCCACUGAGAUUCAGAAAAGGAGCAGGACAGCACAAACCCAAGGUUAAUAAUGCUUGUAAGCCAGAGGUGAAAGUGGCUCAGCAGAGCAACAUCAGGAAAUCUGGCACACUGGAAGACAACAGCUGCCCCCCAGGGCAGCUGCGAAGUGUGAAGCAUGGAGGAAAGUAAGAAUGAGAAGGUGAACCAGGCUCACGUUCUCUUCGACAGAUUUGUCCAGGCUUCAACUUGCAAGGGGACUCUCAAGGCUUUCCAAGAGCUCUGUGACUACCUAGAACUAAAGCCCAAGGACUAUCGUUCUUUCUAUCACAAACUCAAGUCCAAGCUCAAUUACUGGAAAGCCAAAGCCUUGUGGGCAAAAUUGGAUAAAAGAGGCAGUCAUAAGGACUAUAAGAAGGGGAAAGCAUGCGCAAACACGAAGUGUCUGAUAAUUGGGGCUGGACCCUGUGGCCUUCGUACAGCCAUCGACCUGUCAUUCCUGGGAGCCAAGGUGGUGGUUAUAGAAAAGAGGGAUGCCUUUUCCCGCAAUAACGUGCUGCAUUUGUGGCCAUUCACUAUACAUGACUUGAGGGGUCUUGGCGCCAAAAAGUUUUACGGCAAGUUCUGUGCAGGAUCCAUAGACCAUAUCAGUAUCCGUCAGCUCCAGCUUAUUCUUUUGAAGGUUGCCUUGAUCUUGGGAAUAGAGAUCCACGUCAAUGUGGAAUUUCAGGGGCUUGUUUACCCUCCGGAGGAUCAGGAGAAUGAAAGAAUAGGUUGGCGUGCAUUGGUCCACCCAAAAACCCAUCCGGUAUCGGAGUAUGAGUUUGAAGUAAUCAUUGGAGGGGAUGGCAGGAGGAACACAUUAGAAGGGUUUCGCCGAAAAGAGUUCCGUGGUAAACUGGCAAUUGCUAUCACAGCAAACUUCAUCAAUCGCAACACCACAGCUGAAGCCAAAGUAGAAGAGAUCAGUGGCGUGGCCUUUAUAUUCAACCAGAAGUUCUUCCAGGAUCUGCGAGAAGCCACAGGUAUUGACUUGGAGAACAUUGUCUACUACAAAGAUGAUACACACUACUUUGUCAUGACUGCCAAAAAACAGAGCUUGCUGGAAAAAGGAGUGAUACGGCAUGAUUAUGCUGACACAGAGUUGCUACUUUCACGGGAGAAUGUGGACCAAGAAGCUCUGCUAAACUAUGCCAGAGAAGCAGCUGACUUCUCCACUAAUCAGCAGCUGCCAUCACUGGACUUUGCUAUCAAUCACUAUGGUCAGCCAGAUGUGGCCAUGUUUGACUUCACAUGCAUGUAUGCAUCGGAGAAUGCAGCCCUGGUGCGAGAGCAGAAUGGCCACCAGUUACUUGUGGCCCUGGUUGGGGACAGUCUCUUAGAGCCAUUUUGGCCAAUGGGAACUGGAAUAGCCAGGGGAUUUUUGGCUGCAAUGGACUCUGCUUGGAUGGUACGAAGUUGGUCACUCGGUGCUAGUCCUUUGGAAGUUCUCGCAGAGAGGGAAAGCAUUUAUAGGCUACUUCCUCAGACCACACCUGAGAAUGUGAGUAAAAACUUCAGCCAUUACAGCAUUGAUCCUGCCACACGGUAUCCCAAUAUCAACGUCAACUUCUUGCGGCCACAGCAGGUACGCCACUUGUAUAAUACAGGAGACUUGAAAGACAUUCACCUGGAAAUAGAGAACUUUGUGAACUCCAGGACACCAAAGCUGACUCGGAAUGAGUCUGUAGCUCGCUCUAGUAAAUUGCUCAGUUGGUGCCAGAGGCAGACCGAUGGAUACGCUGGUGUUAAUGUGACAGAUCUCACAAUGUCAUGGAAGAGCGGCCUAGCUUUGUGUGCCAUUAUCCACAGAUACCGUCCAGACUUAAUAGACUUUGAUUCUCUGGAUGAGCACAAUGUGGAGAAGAAUAACCAGCUGGCCUUUGACAUUGCUGAAAAAGAGUUCGGAAUAUGUCCCAUUAUGACUGGAAAGGAAAUGGCAUCUGUUGGAGAGCCAGAUAAACUCUCGAUGGUGAUGUACCUCACACAGUUCUAUGAGAUGUUCAAAGACACCAUCCCCUCCAGUGAUAGUCUGGACCUGAAUGCAGAAGAAAAAGCUGCCCUAAUUGCCAGUACCAAAUCACCUAUCUCUUUUCUCAGUAAACUGGGACAAAGCAUCUCUCGGAAACGCACUCCAAAGGACAAAAAAGAAAAGGAACUAGACGGUGCAGGAAAGAGGAGAAAAACCAGCCAAUCUGAGGAUGAGGACAUCCCGCGAAGCUACAGAGAAGAAAGGCCCACACUGGUGAGCGCCCUGACGGAGAGGAGAAUUGAUGCUGCCGUUGGGAAUCAGAACAAAGUCAAGUCUAUGGCAACCCAGCUACUGGCCAAGUUUGAGGAGAAUGCACCAGUGCAAUCCUCAAGCUUACGAAGACAGCAACCUGUCCUGCCUUAUCAAGAACGUGUUCACAACCAGCCAUCCAGCAGACGAGAGCAGGGCCGUCUUGCUCCCAUACCCCAGUGGAAACAGAUGAGGCAUAAGGAAUGUUCUCGGACCUGCCCCAAAAAAGUCAUCAUGCUCUCUUCUUCCACUCCACCUUCCUCUCCACCGUAUCCCAGGCAGCAGAGAAACAGGGAACCUGGUGCUGACUAUCCCGGGGAGCAGAGUCCCAGACAGGAAAGGAGAUCUCCUCGUUUAUUUUCUGAUGACCAAGUGCCUGAGAAUGUUGAGCAAAGGGCAUGUCAGCUGGCUGCCCUCCUGGAGUCCAGACCUGCAAUGAGGCAUCAGCCCGAGACUGAACCGUCUCGCCGAUUCUUUGUUGACCAGUGGGAGCUCUCCCUUAGCCUCCGUUCUUCUAAUCGCCCUUCUUCACCUUCAUCUGACUCUCUUCGACAGAAGUAUAUAAAGAUGUACACAGGUGGAGUGAGCUCUUUGGCUGAGCAGAUAGCCAAUCAGCUUCAAAGGAAAGAGCAACCCAAAACCCUUCUAGACAAGAAGGAACUGGGCUCACUCAAAAAGGAGUUCCCCCAAAACCUGGGAGGCAGUGAUGUCUGUUACUUCUGCCGCAAGCGAGUCUAUGUGAUGGAAAGGCUGAGUGCUGAAGGCAAGUUCUUCCACCGCAGUUGCUUCAAGUGUGAAUACUGUGCGACAACCCUGCGCUUGUCAUCUUAUGCAUAUGAUAUUGAAGAUGGUAAGUUCUACUGUAAGCCUCACUACUGCUACCGACUCUCUGGUUAUGCUCAACGGAAGAGGCCAGCAGUGGGUCCUCUUUCAGGAAAGGACACCAAAGGACCUCUGCAGGACACCAUGGCAAGUGGUGGAAGUGGACGGGCAAAUACCAUCUCCGCCUCAGCAGAGAGGGCCCCAGGUUCUAAUGUAAACGGGCUGGAAGAGCCCAGCUUAGCUAAGCGGCUGCGAGGCACACCUGAGCGGAUUGAGCUGGAGAACUACCGACUGUCACUGCAGCGGGAAGAAGAACUGGAAGAGGUUCCUGAAGAGACGCUAGCAGAGCAUAACCUCAGCAGUGUGUUGGACAAAGGAGCAGAAGAGGAUGUUCCCAGCAGUAGUUCAGAGUCUGAGAUGGAGGAGGAAGAUGAGGAGGAAGAUGAUGAACUACUGCUGCCUCAGCAACCCCCUUCAGACUUGGGUGGUGUGCCAUGGAAAGAGGCUGUGCGUAUCCACGCCCUCCUGAAGGGAAAGAGUGAAGAAGAGAUUGAGGCUGAGGAAAAUCAUGAGAUUGAGGACAAAGAAGAUGAGGAGGAGGAGGAAGAUGAAGAGGAGGAAGAUGAGGAGUCAAGCGAAGAGGGGGAGUAUUGCCCUUGGGAGAGCGAGCUGCAGCAAGGCCUCUGGCUUCAACGUCUUUCAGAUGAAGAGGACACGGGUACAUUUAAAGCUGGAAACCUUAGAUUGGAGCAGAUUGUAAAUCCGGUUGAUCCUCUGGAGAUCCUGGCAGAUGUGCACUGGACACACAUCCGUGAAAAAGAGGAGGAGGAAAAAAUGGUCCCAACCUCAAAGUCCUCCACCUCCAGAGCAUCCGACCUUCCCUCCGUACGCCAUGAGGCGGUACAGGCGUGGCUGGAGACGGUCCCUGGAGCUCCAUGUGAGGAUAAUGAUGUGGAGGAUGAGCUGGGCACAGAGCCUGCAGACACAGAAGGGCAGGCAGGUGAAGAGGGAGACACGGGUGCAGAGCUGGAUGACGAUGACAUCCCAUCUGAUGCAGAAGCGGAGUUUCGCUUACACCAAGGUGGUACAGAAGAGCCAGAACUAAAAGUCUCUGAAGAUGAAGAAGAUGAAGAAGAAGCAGAAGGUGCUUCUUCCAGUGUGACAGAAGAUCCAUGCAAGCCAUCCAUCCCUAUCCAGUCACCUAGUGACACCGUUCUUCCUCUGUCUCCAGUUGAUAGUCCCAAAGCAAAACAAGCAGAGGAUGUAAAAGAUCCCCUGGCGGAAGUAUCCCGUGCAGUAAAAUCUCCGGAGGCACGCUUCUUUCCUGAGCCUUUCCUUCUUGAAGAAGGACCAAAGGAUGAAAUUCCCAAAGACAGGAAAGCUAGGAGCCCUCUGGUGCCACCAUCACCAGUGUUAUCCCAGCCAGUUGCAUCACCAGAAGCCAUUGCAUCUACAUCACUAGCAGAGUCUCAGCCAGCGUCACCAACAUUGGCUUCAUCUGCAACGUCUGCUCAAAUGCCUAUCUGUUCCCAGCCUUUGCCUUCUGCUGAAACAUCCAUUCCAUCUCCAGUGGAGCCUCCAGUAUGCUUCCAACCUGUCCCAGCCUUAACGUCUACUCCUUUAGCCAAACUAGUCUUCAGGGGCCAGGAUAGCGACGUGGAAAAACUGGGGAGCCCUACUACUGCAGAAGAAGCCCUGAAAAGGAGUAACCUUGUAGAAGAGUUCUGGAUGAAGAGUGCUGAAAUCCGGAGGAGCUUAGGGCUCACCCCAGUAGACAGAAACAAAUGCUCAGAGGCGAACUUUAAUGUAUCUGCCCUUGAGACAACUCCUCUGAAGACUUUUAAUAGUGAGAAGAUUUCAGGGGAGGAAAGGAUCCAUCUUGUGAAACCCCAGCCUGCCCCAAGGAGACAGGGACUGUCCAAGUUAGAAAAUGAGCAGAUUUCUCUGCUCACUCCAAAAUCUCCAUCAGAAAAAGAGCUAAGGAGUUCCAGCGAAGUAAGAGAUGUAUCCAGCAGUUCUGGACUUGGCCUUCAGGAGAGCUCAUCUAACAUGAGAACUAUGGCUAGCCAGAGCUUCAACACUUCUGACUCUACCAUGCUUACUCCUCCAUCAAGUCCACCACCACCACCUCCUCAGGGAGAAGAACCAGCCACUUUGCGUAGAAAGAGGCAUCAAGCAGUCUGGCAGAAUGAGGUUGAAGCCAGGUCACCUCCAACACCAGCAUCAACACCCCCUGUUCCCCCACGCCAUGAGCCGACCUCUGCUGCCAAAGGGUCAACCCAGGCUAAAAAAGAUGACGUGCGGAAGUCUUUUGCAGAGAGCGUGGACGAGAUUCCGUUUGCUGAUGAUGUAGAAGACACAUAUGAUGACAGGACAGAGGACUCAAGCCUUCAGGAGAAGUUCUUUACACCUCCUACCAGUAGGCCAAGGCCAGAGAAACCACGCCUUUUGCCCUUGGUCAAAGAAAAUGGUGGCCCACCCUCAAUGGAAGGAGGGGUUACCCAAAAGAAGCGAGUGUUGCCUGAAAUUUCUGUGGAGGCCAAGGAGCUUGCUGAAGAAAGAAUGAGAGCCAGAGAGAAGUCUGUCAAGAGCCAAGCACUGCGGGAUGCCAUGGCUAAACAACUGUGUAAGAUGAAAGAUAUGGAGAUGGCUGCAGCUACUGCUGCUGGGACUGCAAGGGCACGAAAGGCAUCUUCUAUGCCCUUGAAGACCAAAGAGUUGUUUUAUGACUCUCCAAAACAUCUGGCUUUGAAAAUAGCAGAGGGAUCAACACGAAAGCAUGAUGGUGCUAGUGAGAAAUUCUCCACUCCUGCUGCUGAUAUGGCUGGACCUGAAGGGUCUAUCACCUCUUCAGAAGGCUCCAGUGGGAAGAGUAAAAAAAGAAGUUCUCUUUUCUCCCCUCGUAAGAACAAAAAGGAGAAGAAAUCCAAAAAUGACAGCAGGCUUUCUGACAAAUCUAGUGGUGGGACGGAGGAAGCAACAAAGCCUAGGUCGUUGUGGAAGUCUGUUUUCUCUGGGUAUAAGAAAGACAAGAAGAAAAAGACUGAUGACAAAUCCUGCCCAAGUACUCCCUCAAGCAGUGCCACUGUGGAUUCUGGCAAGCACAAAGCUUCUCCACUGAUUAUAGCUGCAGAUUUGCAGCUCCGUCAACACCUGAGUUUCUCAGAGGACUCCGACCUCUCCAGUGAUGAUAUUCUGGAACGCUCCUCCCAGAAAUCCAAGCGAGAGAGAGCGUACACAGAAGAGGAACUGAAUGCCAAGCUGACCCGGCGAGUACAGAAAGCUGCCCGUAGACAAGCCAAGCAAGAGGAGCUAAAGAGGUUACACAGAGCUCAGAUCAUCCAGCGGCAGCUUGAACAAGUGGAAGAGAAGCAGAGGCAACUCGAGGAGAGAGGGGUUGCUGUGGAGAAGGCCCUUCGAGGAGAAGCAGACUAUUGGGGAGAGUCUUAUUACAGUGACCUCAUCGACUUGCAUCUGGGUGGCAUGGGUAAGAAGGAUGAUCCCAAGCUGAUGCAGGAGUGGUUCAAGCUGGUGCAGGAGAAGAAUGCCUUGGUUCGCUACGAGUCCGAACUGAUGAUAUUUGCUCGGGAGCUAGAACUGGAAGACAGGCAGAGCCGAUUACAGCAGGAACUCCGGGAGAGGAUGGCAGUAGAAGAUCAUCUGAAGACAGAUGCAGAGCUCUCAGAGGAGAAGAGAAUCCUGAACGAGAUGCUAGAAGUAGUGGAGCAGAGAGAUUCUCUUGUGGCUCUCCUUGAGGAGCAACGGCUUCGAGAAAAAGAGGAAGACAAGGACCUGGAGGCAGUCAUGCUUUCCAAAGGUUUUAGCUUGAACUGGUCCUGAGCUUGACACGUUCACCUCUGCUGGUCUGUGUUGUCCAGUUGGCCUACCCUGAGUUCGCCAGAAUUACAUGGAUAGGAAGAUGUUGAAGGGGAAACCUCCGAAGGGUCCGAGAGCAUGCAGGGAUUUGGUGUGAAGCACUCAGAAGCCUUUUGAUAAGUGUGUUGGUUCCAGAAGCUUAAGUUUUACUUGUCUACAAGCCAAGUUGAAGAUAAUGAGUUGAAACUGUGGAGUCUCCUUGAGGUCCUAUACGAUGGACUGUAUUUUUGUGUGUGUGGUAGGAGGGAGAGGAAUAAUCCAUGUGUGGGGAAGGAGGUUAAGGGAAGAAGUACCCUUAACUGGAUUUAUGUCAGUCCAUUCCUUUCCCGUUUUUACUACACCAGUUCUAAUAAAAGGGAGGGAGGUGGCAACCCUCUCUGGAAAACCACAGCAGCCUGUAGCAGCCUGUACAAUGGAGUCAGCUGUCCAAGAGAGCUCCAGAAGCCCAGGGCAACACCUUCUUUGCUUUAGUCUUCCUCCCCACCAAAGAAACCUGCAACUGAUUGUUAUGCACGGAUAUGAAGAAAUAUGAGACACAGAAGAUACUACUAGUAUGCGUGGUGGAACUCUCUGCCUCCUGGUUUUUAGAGAGAUGUGGGCAUCAGAAGACUCUCUCCCUAUCGCAGCCUCCUAAAUCUUCUUGUAGGGAAAUAAAGGGAGAAGAAAAGAGAGGGAAGAUGCCCUUCUGCUUUGCUACACACUGGAGAGACAGCUACUGCUGGCCUUAGUCUUCAUGGCCACAGCUCAGAGGCUGGUGGGCUUCUUUGUUCUGUUUUUGUUAUGACUGUUUUGACACUGGAAAAAACUGACUGUGGGACAGUGGUGUGUGCUGGGGCAGGGGUGUUACCAGGUGGCAUUCCCUGGCUGUUACGCCCCUAAGAGGAGAAGCCCUUAAGUGACCGAACCACCAUUAAGACUUUUCAGUGUUUUUAUUUUGUUUUUAUUAUUUUUUUUCUCUGUAUUUUGUUUUUGCACAUUGGAAACGAAGCUUAAGACCUGCCUGGGCUCUCAGUCACUUUGACCCUUUAUUGUCAAUUAACUUAUUUUUUUAAUACUUGAAAGAUGAUUCAUUUUUGUAUCUUUUAGGAAAAAAAAGAAAAUGGAUGAGUGAUGGGUGUGUGUGCCUGCUGCAUCCUACAACUUUCACUUCUAAAUUACUGGAUGUUGUUACCUGUGGCUAUUUAUUAGUGUUCUUAUUAAUAAUGUUACACAUAUUUGAUUGUGGAGGGGAGUGUUUUAACUCUGUUAGAGAAAGACACUACUGCAGAUUGGUCCCUGCUUCACAGCAAGGGCAGCCUUUAUAUACCCACGGAUGCAUCCUGCCCUAGGAUGCAAAAUCCAGCGCAGUCAUGGAGUUGUAAGAAUCCAUUUGUGUUCCUAGCAUCCUUCUCUUCUGCAUCCCAGAAUUCCUUCUGUUGGCCUAAACCCCAUAAUUUAUUUAAAUUUUACAUUUUUGUGACAAGAAAGUCAAAACUGUGAGGUAGAAAUAUCCUGUAUGUCUCUUUCUCACUGAAAGAGGGGACCCUCAGACUCCUGAGAUACAACUAGAGGGACGUCAUGAAAACAAAAAUAGCACAUUUCCUGCUGCAUCUGCUGGAAGCAGCUCCUGUUUGGCUCAGCUAGCGAAGCUGCUUUUCAGCCAGGAGGGUACUGACUGUCACCAUACAUUAACCAAUGAGCAGGAUAUGCACAGCACCAUUCACUGUUUGACAGGCUCCCUGAGCACACUACAUCCUUAGCUUGUCCCACAGAGCUGAAAUAGUGCUGUGUGUUGGGUAUGCGUCCCAUCCUUAAUGGAUGCAGUAAGAGGUUCUCCUCUCUUGGGAUGCUGACUAUGUUCUUUUCUUGUUGAAGAAGUACUAAGCCUGCUCCCGAUGUCCUUGAGAAAAUGUCCCAUUCCCAAAUGUAUCCAUACAGCAUACUGACUCUUUCAGUUUGAACUUAGGCUGUUGGUGCAACGCACCCAAGCAGGGCCGAACAUCCUUCAUUCUUUUGCCCCAGGACAGAAGUUUGCAUGGUUUUUUGCUGUUGGUUCUCUACCUUCCUCAAAGAGGUCUUCUGUAAGCCAGGGUCUACAAUUUGAAUUCACCUCUGACUCUGGAGCAUACCUCAGGCUGAAGAAGAAUGUGUAGGACUGUCCCCAGGGACUCUGGGCGGUGCUGGUUCCCUCAGCUGAAAGCACGGGUUUUUUGGCCUCAAGUGUCCUCCUCUUUAUCCCCACCUAGUGUUUUCUGCGAAGGCAUUACAAAUUAAAUCCAGACGUUCAUGAAACCAAGCAGACAGGCAGCUGCAUUACUACUGUGCGUGUUAGCAAGUGAUACUUGCUACACCAGCAUUGCAGAGUGCUGUCUUACCAACAGGAUGUCCCACAAACAGAAUUCCUCCAUUUGCCAGUGCAGGGGCCAGCUGCACAACUCAAAUUGGCAAUGGUGCUUUAGUCUGCAUUUGAGGGGCCUGUGGAAGCUGGAGAGAAGGAAGAGGGAAGCUAGAUAGAGUUUAUUGUAAGCUGUCUUAUGCAGAGAAUUGGCCUCGGUCCACUUUAUAAUGCACUAGGUAUAUGGACUACGUCUAGCUUUUAUGAAAAGAUCACUGAAUGUGAGCUGUAGAACAGAAAAAAUCCUGAAGAAGAAAUACCAGAUCACUACUUUUCCCUUUCAUGCUGGGGGACGCCGGCCAACGAGUGAUACCACUUGAGGGUGUAAUGUCCUACUGCACAGCAAAACCUGAAUUCUUUAGGUGAUGCUGAAGGCCUCCAGCAGUGAGAAUGGAAAUGAACUGCUAACAUCGCGCACACACAUUAAUUAAAAAUACAUGGAAGGGAAUGUUAAAAGGCCUUUUUAUAUCAAAAUGGUUAUAAAAGGCACAACUUGUAUUUGCUGUUCAGUUGCACUUUAAGAAUAUGACUUGCAUAUCAGAUACUGGGUUUUUUUACUAUCUGAGUAUUUUUAAGUCAAAUUUUGUAUUUUUAAAGCUGAAGAAGGCUCUUGUGACCACAAGAUUCCUUAUUUGUAUCAGAAUCCAAGUAGGAUGUUCUAGCUCUUUGUGCUGCCCACGUGAGCAGCAGCACAUGACUCAGCCAUGUGCAUUCAGUGACGUGCAUCCAUUUUGCGUAUGAGGGGAGCGCAAAGGCCCUCAGCUUCCAAGAAGUGGGCACACGAGGGCAUCCAUCCCAGUGUGACAUGGGCCAGAGGAGAGCUGAGCUUGGAACCUAACCUGUGUUCAUUUUGACAUGGGCAUGCUGAGGAUGGGGCAAGCACUUCAGUCCCCUGCGGGGAAGGGAGGAGGGGGAUACCACUUCCUGCAGGGAAGGGGAGGCAAAUGGGGGUGGGGGAGUGAAGACUGCCAAAACAACUGACCUGCUGUUUUCACAGUACCAUUUUUGUUUUAUAACCGUUCUGUUCCUUUUAACCAUGUUUUCAUGAAAAUUCACAAAUGGCUGUAAAAUCCUGAGCUUCAAAGAACUAAUGUGUGGGGAGGUGAGAAGACGUUUCAGCUCCAACUUCCAGACAUAUUCCUCCUUUCUUUCAGUUAAGCAACACCCCAUGGUCUCGCUAGGGCAUGUUGCAAACUGCGUUGCUGACCAUAUUUUAGAGCAAAGCGCAAGUUUUAAAAGUCUGUCCUUCUCUCUAUCAGUCUCUGCAUUUUAUGUAAAUAUUUGUUUGUAUGUAAAGACACCAGUGGAUCCUUGGGUUACCCCCACGGGCGAGAAUCUGAGUUUUGUGCAAUGCCUAGGCCUCUCUUAGAACACGGUGCUUGCAUAGAGCUAGUCACCACGUUUGUGUGCACUCUGGUGGUUUUUAAUAUUUUUAUACAUCCUAAUCCUGAACAUUAUGAAGUAUUGUACGUGGUCUAGACUGCAUGAUCUAGAGCAGCCAGCAGUUCCCUUUUGUGAGAAAAUGUUCACAGCUACACCUUGUUUGGUUAACAUUCUUCUAAAAUGAGUUUUCAACCAAGUGUUUACACCAGACAUCAGUGGAUGAGAAAGGUGUUGCAUUAGAAAACCUCCUGUGUACAAACUGAAAAGCCGCAAUAGGGCUUUAUGGGAAUUUCAGUCAUCACUGUCUGCAAUAAAGAGAACUUUAGAGUAGAGCUUACUAAAACCAGCCUGUAUAUAGUUCACAGAGAAAGAGACCGCUGGCUCUCAACUGCUGCAAAGUAACAGAGAUGGGAAGCUUUCCAAAACCUCCUGCUUUUGGAUUGCUCAGAGCACUGCUAUAGGCAGGGUAGCCGAGCAGGUGAGGAUGUCACUGAGAGCAGAUAUGAAGGGCAGGAUGCCAUGUUCUGAUGGCAUCGCAGUAAUUUAAAUACUCUGUAUCUGUGCGUGCAUGCGUGUGUGUGUGAAGUCUAAUCCAGGUGAAGGGAUCUGCUUUGGCAUCUUCCCUUUUGUAUGAAAGUGAACUCUGAUAUUCAGAUUGUUCAAGGCUUUUACGGUUGGCAUGUAUGGAGUGUUAACAGAAAAGCGUAUUACCCUACCUGUAAAAAAAACCAACUCUGUUCCAGCCUGUUUUCUUCUGUUUGGUUGUGUUCUAUCGUUUGUUUUUUAUGCACACUUGCUUCGUUGGUGUUGAGAUUUUAGCACCUCAGAUGGCCAACUGAACUAAAAAAAAAAAGAAAAAAAAUAAAGUCAUUAAUUAUUUUUUUCUUUU